AUGAAUGAACAAGAGUUUUUUACAGAAUUAAAUAAAUAUCCAAUGUUAGUUGGAGAGAGCUCACAACACAACCAACAACAACAACAACAGCCACAACAAAAUAUAUUUUCGAUGCUCUCAUCGGCAUUUGGUUCACUAAAUAAUAGUAGAUCACCAGCAACUCAUAAAAGAGAUUUGAAUCAAGCUACCUUCAGACAAAGCACAAAUCAUAUAUGA